AUGGCGGUUGUAUUUCACGACGCUGAAACACAGACAGAAGAAUCUGCCACAUUUCCACCAGUCGACGCUGAAACUCAGACUGAAGAGUUUGAAUAUAUAUUCUCCAGGCUCAGCGGAUAUCAAGCACCCGACCAAGAUUUCUUUCAAUCUGACGACAAGGUCCGUUUUUAUACGGGACUGCCAUCAUUUGAGAUUCUAAUGGUUGCUUUUGAACACGUGUCUCCACAUGUCACUCGCAAAACUCACUCCCUCAGCAGAUUUCAGGAAUUUGUCAUGGUCCUGAUGAAACUGCGAUUGAAUGUACCCUUUCAAGAUCUGGCUUACCGUUUCAUGGUAUCUGUGCCCACUGUGUCAAGGAUUUUUUCCUCCUGGCUGGUUGUUAUGGACACCAGGUUGUUUCCUCUUGUUUCCUGGCCAGAUAGGGAGCAGUUAUGGAAAACAAUGCCAAUGUGUUUUCAACAUGCAUUUGGAAGGAAAGUAACUGUAAUCAUUGACUGUUUUGAGGUGUUUAUCGAAAGGCCGUCAAAUCUGUUAGCCAGAGCACAAACAUUUUCAUCGUACAAACACCACAAUACGAUCAAGAUUCUCAUUGGUAUUACACCCCAAGGAACUGUGUCUUUUGUUAGUGAAGCCUGGGAGGCCGCACCUCUGAUAAGUAUCUGACAGAGCAUUCUGGAUUUCUCGACCAAUUGCUACCAGGAGACAUGGUAAUGGCUGAUAGAGGGUUCACGAUUGCAGAAAGUGUUGGCUUAAAGCAAGCCAAGCUGGUUAUUCCAGCCUUCACAAAGGGAAAUCCCAGUUGGAUCCAGUUGAUGUGGAAAAAACCAGAGGCAUCGCAAGUGUUCGUAUCCACGUGGAGAGGGUGAUAGGGUUGUUGCGGCGCAAGUAUACCAUUUUGGAAAGCACACUUCCAACAGAUUUCCUUGCUUGCAACCCAAAUGGACCACCUGCAUCACAGAUUCCUAUGAUUGAUCGUAUUGUGAGGGUUUGCUCCGCACUUAUUAACUUAUGCCCACCUAUAAUACCAUUUGACUAG